CCAGCGGGCGGGGAGAAUGGUUGCCUUGGCGACGUAAACCGAACUCCCUGAGCUGGAAGCCGGGAACUGCGGUGUGGAGGCUUCCGGGCUAGCCCCGGCGCGCUGGGCCGGUUGGAAUCGCCUUUAGCCAAAAUCAAGCUUUGCAACAUCUGCCCAGAUGUCCAAGAUCGUGUCUGCUGUGGUCUCCAAGGGUAUGACUCACAACGAGAAUAGCCUGGAGUCCCCAGACAUCAGUUCUUCUUCAAUCAUUGAAGAAAAAAAGAAGCAGCAUGGGAAAAAAGUGUCCACGAUUGCUCCUGACCAUUCUGCAAAUCCUUUCCAUGUGUCUGGAGAUGUGGAUUUCUUCUUGCUCAGAGAACAGGAGCGGAGUAAGUCUCGUGCAGAGCGGGAGCAGAAGACGACCCUGCAGGUGCACGAGAAGAUGACCUACUCCUCCAAAGUGUCAGCCAAGCACACCAGCCUGCAUCGGGAGCUGCAGCUGGAGGACGAGAUGGAGGACCAGGAGACGCGCAGAGAGGCGGAACGGCUACGUGCCUUCCAUGACCACACAGCGUGGAAGCUCUGCAUGACCAAAGAAAGGAAGAUGGAAUCUGAUAACAUGAACAUCUACAUUAACCAGAAGCGGCAGAUAUUCCUCAUCCAGUACGCCCUGGACAUGAAGCGGAAGGAGAUCCAGCGGCUGGAGAUGCUGGCAGCCAAGGAGGAGGCAGAGCUGGAGCAGGCAGAGAAGUCCCUGGAGAAGGACGCAGCCUUGUUCGACGAGUUUCUCCGGGAGAACGACCGCAGUUCCGUGCAGGCCCUGAGAGCGGCUGAGAAGGAGACCAAAGCAAAAGUGGAGAAGAUCAUUGAGAUCCGUGAACUGACCACCCAGAUCAUGAACAUCAAAAGUGAAAUCUCCAAAUUUGAAGACACUUUGCAGCAUUACAAGAUCUACAAGGACUUCCUAUACAAGCUGUCGCCCAAGGAGUGGUUGGAAGAAAAGGAGAAGAAGCACCAGGAUCUCAAAAAGACCAAGGAGGCCACCGAGCCCCCAAAAGAGAACAUUUCAUUCUCCAGAGGAGGGGACAAAGGACCAGGGAACAAGGGCAAAACAAGCUCUAGAGAUGGGCAGGGCCCAAAGAAACCCUCGAAGUCCCUGCCGGUGACACGGCUGAGGCGGCUUCUAUCCAGCACUAUGAGCCUCCAGUACAGCAGACAGCCCAGCCUGAGCAGUGAGCUGGACCCCAAAGGGUCAAGCUCUAUCUCCACCAUGUAUGAGGAUCCAGACAGCGACGGGGAGGAGCUGGAGCUGUACUUCACAGAUCCCCAGCAGCUCCUGGACAUCUUCAUGAAGCUGGAAGAGCAAAACCUCUCGCUCAUCCAGAACACACAGGAGAUGGAAGAGGCCCUGGAUGAUCUGAACGUCACCCUGAAAAACACACAGAUCCGCAUGGACAAGGAGGUCAACCAGUUGAAGCAGUGGGUCACCACACUGAUGAUGUCCAUCACCAAGGAGGAGGAGACUGCCGCUGAGCUGGAGCUCAAAGCCCGAGUCUUCCACUUCGGCAAGUACAAGGGUGCUCAGGAGGACAAACUGCUGGAAAGCCUGAACCGCAAGGUGUUGGACGUGUACCAGCAAUGCAUCGGCAGCCAGCAGGAGUCCAACCUGGGCGCCGUGCAGAUGCUCACCAUCAUCGAGCACCACCUGAACGAGCUGCUGGAAAACCUAGAGCGGGUGCCCCAGAUCAAGAUAGAGCAGGCCGAGAAGGCCAAGGAGAAGGAGCGUCGCAUGCGACUCCGGGAGGAGAAAGUCAUGAUGCAGAAGCGGCUGCAGGAGGAGCGUGUGCAGCGGGCCCAGGCCCGGGCCCAGGCUGAGAUCAAGAAGAAGAGAGGCAGGAGACUGGUGAGUCGCUCCCGGCCCCCAGCUCUCAAGGUGAAGGAGGAGCCUGAGCACGUGCAGACGGAGGAGGACAAGGAUGAGCAGCUGCUGUUCUGCACCUAGCCUCCUGGCACCAGCUGGCCACACUGUCCACAGCCCAACCCAGCAAGGACAGCAGCAGGAAGUGGGGCAGGGCGGGCGGGCCCGCGGCAGCUGUCACCCUGUCCCCGUGCCGCUCCAGGCCUCCCACUGUACAUUUCCUUACUCAAGUGAAAUAAACUCCCCCUCUUUGGUGGCCUGAUGGCCUGCUUAAGGAGGCAAGCUGGUUCCGACAUCCGUACCCUCUCCUCUAAUCCCUGAGCCCUAGGCCCACUGUUGAGGAAGGAGCUCAUCUGGCCCUCAGGUAAGGUGGCUGCUUUUGAGACACGAAGGCCAGUUCCACACUGAGGUGUGAUAUGCGGAGACAAGAAAGGAGGCAACAAGCUAGGUGGGUGAGAGGGUUCUCUCUACUGACUGAAAA